AUGAGCGGGACCGAUUCAAGGGGGGAGAUCGCGGAUUCCGGGCUUGGCCUCCCGGCCACCGCUGCGCCCCAGAGGCCGCUUUUCCAGUUGUUGGGGGUGGCCCGUGACGUGACAGAUGCUCAGGUCCUGGAGUCGAUAGAUACCCAGAACGCUGGCCUGCUGGAGGGGGUACCUGAGGGCGAAAGGAGGGCCAGGGUAGACAGAAGAGUGAGAGGCAGGAUAGGGGCACACUCUGGGGUCAUUCUUGAGAUCGAUCCGAAGACGUGGGCGGCGCUUAUAGACAAGAAGGUCAGAGUGGGGUACCAGAUGGUUCCCGCAGUAGGCCAGUCCCCGGUAACCCAGUGCUACCGUUGUCUGGGAUUUGGUCACCUGGCCACCUCUUGUAGCGCCGAGCAGCCCACGUGCGGAUACUGCGGAGACCCUCAUGAUACCAGAGAGUGGCCCCAAAGUGCGCCAACUGCGGCGUAUCUAAUUCUGGAGACACCUCUCACCCCGCCGGAGUGA